AUGGACUACGGUGAUAAACGACCGCCAGUGGCUGUCCUGCCUUUGGGCACAGGCAAUGAUUUAGCGAGGUGUCUACGAUGGGGUGGCGGAUAUGCAAAUGAACCCCUUCAUAAGAUCCUCAAAACAAUCGAACGCUCCACACAGGCUUGUUGUUUCGUCAUUGCUUGA